AACGGUCAAUUAAGUUUUUUUUUUAACGAAAUUGAAGAGAUGGCUUGUUCAGAAAAAAAAAUUGAUGCUGAACAAAAAGCACUUGAUCAUGAAGUGGCAAAAAAUGAUCACAAUCUUACGUGGGUGGAUAGUGUUAGUGUUCUAACCAAGCUUCUAUACAACCAAGAGAAAAAUAAACAAGAACCGGCAAUUUACAGCUUUAAACAGCUGCGAAAAGAGAUGGUGACUAAGGAUUUCAGACUAAGUAAUUUUUUUGAUUCAAUCUAUAAUGCAUCACUUCCUCAAAAUAGAACAUUUAAGAAAGAUAUUUCACUUUUUGUAGAUUUGAUAGGACUUUUGACAGAUACUAUAGAUGCUUUAUCAUAUACUGGUAUAAUAAUUUCACAAAGACAUCUUGAUAGAGAAAAGACAGCUAUUGUCGAUAAUCAUCUGUCUAAGCUUUCUAAAACAGCCAAGAUCAUUAAUAACAAAAAGACAAUUAACACAUUCGAAGAUAUAUUCAUCGUUCAACAAAAGUCUAUAUAUGCAGAUAAAGAUCAUUUGGCUUUAUUAACAAAGAAGGUGAAAUUAGCAUUAUUGAAUAUUACUGUAGACAAAAAGCAAAUACUAUUAGGAUUUAGCAGUAAGCAUUUGCCAACAUAUAACAAGUGCGAUCAUUGUCAUAAGCUAUUAUGCAAUGAGACAGAUAAAAGCUCUAUGGUUAUCGCAUGUGGUCAUGGAUACCAUGAGAGCUAUUUUAUAGAUAAGAAUAAAUCGAAUCUAAAGAAGCUUAUUAAUACCGACAAAGAGAGUCUACAAAAUCAGAAGAUAUUAAAUGAAGAUAAUAUAUUGGAG